AGAGUUUUUGUCACUGGAGCCUCUAACUUUUACUCAGUCAUGAGUUCUUUAAUUCUCUUUGUGUUACUCCUCUGCAUCUCAGAUUCUGAGAGCAUGGAGACACUGAAUAAUUUAGCUAUAAAACGUGGAGGAUCUCUCAGUAUUCCAUGCUUUUAUGAUGAGAAAUACAAAUCAAAGCGUAAAUACUGGUGUAAGGGGAAAUACGGGUCCUCCUGCAACAUAGUAGCCUUUACAAACACAAGUGGAAGAACAUCAGUUACUGAUCAUCCAACCCAGAAUAUGUUUACUGUGGAACUGAACAGCCUCCAAGACUCUGACUCUGGAUAUUACUGGUGUGCUGUGGAAAUUGAUGGCCCUGAUGACAUGGAUUAUUUGCACCUGACGGUCAAUGCAGAUCCUGCUGUGUCCGUGAUAAACAGCAGAGUGAGUGGUCAGGAAGGGGGCAGUGUCAAUGUCCAGUGUCUCUACAGGACUGAACAUAAGAGUAAACAGAAGAAGUGGUGUAGAUUUAAAGACGGGAGCUGCUUCACAGCAGAGAGGACUGACACAUCCCAGAAUUCAGCAGUGCUGGUCAUUGACUAUGGCAAUGGAUCCAUCAAUGUAGUGAUGAGGGGUCUGCAGAAGAGUGAUGCUGGCUGGUACUGGUUCAGUGCAGGAAAUGUGGAGGUUCCUGUUCACCUCACUGUCACUGAAAGACCUUCAACAACAACAGCUGCAACUACAGUUUCUGCCAGUAUCAGUUCUACAGCUGUGAGUGGAAAUGAAGGCACAAACCACAGUGGAAAUACCUUGCUUGUCUGGGUUCUGCUAGCUGUAGGUCUGGGGCUGCUGCUGACUCUACUCAGCAUUAUAACCUGGAUGUUAAGGACAAAGUCCAAGCAAGCAGAGACCAGAGGGAGGAUGGAUAACAUUGCAGUUAACACAUUCUCUACUACUGAAGACUCUGAAGUCACAUACAGUAAUGUGAAUAAGAAAAAGAAGGAGCCUUCAUCUGCACCGGCUAAUGAAAAUGAUGUGAUCUACUGCAAUCUAACCAUGAAUGCUGAAAACAAAAUGCUCUCUCCAGCAGUCAAAGCUGAAGGGGUGAUCUACAGCUCUGUGGUUCACAAAUAAAAGGUGUAAACAGAAGCAUUUCUGAACAAAAUGCCUGGACAGAUCACAUCAAGACACUGCACUGCAAGUCAAGCAGUUUUAGUUAGUUUGGUUUUAUCAUCACAUUUGUAUUGCUGAAAACAUCUUAGUACCCAUGAUGUAUCUGUGCUGAUAUCUGCAUUUGCAGGACCAUAAAAACAUUAAUUGAGAAUGAAAAAGAAUGUAACUAUGGACAUUUCCAAGUCUUAUGUGCCUGUGAUGCACGUAUGUUUUGUUUUCUCUCUCUCUCUCUCUCUCUCUCUCUCUCUCUCUCUCUCUCUCUCUCUCCCUCUCUCCCCCCAAUUUCACCCAAAGCAAGCUAUAGUACAGGUGUCCACCAAACAGAGUCACUGCUGUUUGUGCUGUUUGCUGAGAGGUGGGUCUUGGCACAUAAAAGGACCCACCUAAGAGGAGUCAUGUGUGGGAGCAUUUAGUGUGCUUGACACUUAUGGUGCUGGCAGUGAUGUUAAGCUGUGCUACUUUAGCUAUGAAAAUGUAGAGAGUAAAUGGUAGUCUCAAUGUAGCUCUCUCUUUAGUUUUCUCUCUCAAUUUUCUCUUGCUCCAGCACGAUGUGUGGCACAUCAAGUAAGGAGCGAGUGCCCCUGCUGUAUUUUGCUGAGGAUUAGACAAGGGUAAGCAGAUUAGACUUUGGUUUAUUCAUUUCGUUGCUUUGGCACCAUCCUCCAUCCACUUUUGCGGUUGGUUGGGUCAUACAUGUCAAUGCUCAUACUUAACCAGUGGUUAGUUGACUCUUAUCUUUUAACUUCAUACUCAUUGUGUGUAUUAGCUCAGCUCACUGUAUCCUGGUUUUUGUUCUUUCUUUGUAAAUAUUACUCUUGUGUCAUACACUUUUUGCAAGUGGGAAGCAAAGUAAAGAAAAAAAAAACCUUG